CUUCCUCAUUUAAAUCUUAAUUUAACAUUUUUAAAUGAAUCUGAAUAUUGAAAUGAAGUCCCGAUAUGUUACAACUAUAAGUCUGAUGUUAGCAUUCUGUAAUUGUGAACAAGAAUAUAAUAUAACUUUCCAUGGAGACAAGACAACUUGGAUAGAUGCGGUCAAAUACUGUAACGAUAACGACGGGGUUAUCUACAACGAUAAAGACGAUAUCCAAAAACGGUUGAAUAAUAUUUCAAUCUAUAUUGAAGUUUGGGCUGGACAAUAUAAAGCAUUGUCUCCAUGGACAGUUACUUGGGGUUGUCAUAAAAUACCGGAUAUUAAAAGUAAUACUAAAUUUAGUGUGCCUCGCAUCAAUCAGACAGAAUGCCAAAAUCUUUGCAGUGAAACAGAGUUUUUUGCUAUUAAGGAGGAUAUAUGUGUUUGUUUGCUCCCUGGUAAUUUGCAAGAAAAAAUACAUUACAGUUCAUGUUCUUGCAAUGAAUGUUAUAAAGUGGUGAGACAUAAAAUACCAACUGUUAGAAGUUCUUGCAACGAUGAUACUAAAUGUUUAUGCAUGGCAGCAGCUUGCAUUGAUAAAAAAAUCAAGUUAACCUCAGAGAAUUGCACAUAUCCAUUCAUUGUUAAAUGUGAUGACGUUAACACUUCGAAUUCUAUAUAUAAAACUCAUGUAGAGGCAGUUCGUUUUUGCACUGAAAAAUCAUCAUUUUUACAAUGGUAUAAAAAUGACAAUUGUUCAGUUACAAUGAAAACUGUGCAGCACUGGACAAGUGGUACAAGGGUCCAUUAUACAUACCAAGUGAAACGCAAUGAUAUGCCAACUUUGUUACCCUCAUAUCGUUGUUUGAAACUGACCAAAAGUGCAAAAAGCGAAAUAUAUGAUGCCUGUGAUAAUAAUGGUGUUGUUUUUCCAUUUUAUUGUAAGAAUGACAACAUGCAAACAGAUGAAGUGAUAAAGGACAACGAUAAUACAGGUGUAAUAGCUGGGUCAGUAGCAAUAGUUUUGCUCGUAUUUGCCUUAUCUGUAUUAGGACUUCUCUUGUACAAACGAAGAAUCGAUUCUAAAGCCUAUCAGAGCAAAAGUCGAAAUCUAGAUAAAACAACGAAUGAAUUUACAACAGAAACCAAUGCAGACGGCCCUGCAGCUAGAGUAAGAAAAGGUGAUAGGCCGUUACCAAUACCUUUAACAGGGAAUAUGUCACUUGGUGACAAGCCAGUUGAAGACGAAAAUACAUAUUGUAGAAUAGCAUCUGUAUUUGUCGAUGAACCAAGAAAUAAUUUUUCAAAUCAGUGUUAUAAUGAAAUUGAUUUUAAAGGCGACACUAAUUCCCUAGAAAUACUCCACAAAGAAAAUAAGCAACUCGAUGAUAACACAGAAGACGACGAAAAUUUCUACUCUAGGAUAGAAUCUGCAGUUUUCGAUGAACCAAAACAGAACAAUACAAUUGCUAGACACAAUGAUUUACAAUUAAAAUGUGAAAACAAAUCAAAUCCUUAAGAAAUUACCCAAGGUACACAUUAUAAGACUGCCAACUGCAAAUACAGUGAUUUCCCAGAAAAAUUGGAACAUAUUUAUCUAUAAAUAUUAUGACCAUUUGAGCAGUGUUACAAAAAAUGCCGUUUAAAUGUAAUCACUUGCAAGUUUUAAGUAAAAUAAAGAUUGUUAUCAUGCCCAA